CUCAAUUGGCGAGAGAGUUUACGGUCACAUCGACGAUGCUCCGUUGCUGCUGCUUAGCAGAUAGUCACUGUGCCAACCUGACUUUGAAAUGUGGGGGACCCUCUGAGCUUUCCUUUCGACCUUCUUUUAGACGAUGCAAGAAUCAAGCAGGCACAAGAGCUAUUCACAGCAACAGCACUCCUCCCCCUCCUCCUCCUCCGCUUCCUCUCGUUAUCCUCCCCGCAGCAGUUCACGGACAACUCCGCCUCCACACUCCUCGUCUUCGUCGGGUCGCCCUCACCCUCCUGACCACUACAAGUAUCACACUCCUCCCCCACCACCACCUUCUUACACCUCGCACCGCUACGACAAGUCGCUUUCAGAGAGACGAUAUUCUGACAAUCAUAACAGAUACCGAGAAUAUUCCAGAUAUAACCCAUAUUCCGCGGACCGAUCACGAGACUCACCCGGAUAUUACCGGCACCACCACCAAGACGACUAUCGAUCUCACGAACGAGAGUGGGAUUCUCGAUAUUUAAGGGAUUCGUCCUAUAGUAGGAGGUCACCUCCUCCACAGCAACGUCCACCAACUUCAUCUAGUGGGGCGAGCAGUAGCCGGUAUCCAGACAGUCAUGGAUAUACACCGGUAAGGUCGGAGAGCAGACGAGCGUCGCAACACACACAUCCGCAGACAUCUCCUGUACACCAGCAAUCGCAGCAAAGAAGAGUACCUCGUUUAGAAGAUCUCCCCGAACCUUUGAGAGUGGCCUGGAGCGAAACGACUGAUAAGGAAGCCGAGCGAUGGGCAGAAGCGGCAAAACGUCUAGGAUUUGAAGAGGACAAAAUCCGCGCGCAGGAACGAAGAAUAAAGUUCGAGUUGUGGAUGGCGGAUUGGGAAGUGGAAAAGUGGGAACAUCAAUUAGACAUUAUAAAUAAGCAGUUGGAGGAACAUGACAAAAGUUUGGCAAGGUUGCAGCAUAUUACGGAAUAGCUUGAAUACGAGCGAUUUCUUGAAACAAUAUAUAUACAUGUGUGCACGUCGUCAAGGCUGCUCAUGUAUCUGUAUUUCUUCUCCA